AUGGCCCCUCACCCAGUCUUCAUCGACCCCACGGACGAUUUCGCACCCGUCCCCUCGGCGGUCCUGGCGGCGGUGGCGACCCCUGCGAAGCGCAAUCUUCUACUCGCCCCGCCGUCGGUGGCCGCCCACGAGGAGAAGCUGCGACAAGUCUUCACGGCCUUUGACCGCGCCAACACCGAUCUCCAAAUGCUCGACCGACUGUCCGCCGGCUUCGUGUCCCUGCCCCCCGCGACGUACGACCUGGUGCUCGUUCUCACCGACGCCGACGGCUCGCGGGCCGCCGAGUCCGCGCGCCUGCUGAACCGCCACCUGUUCGCCUCGCUAGUCCCCGCCAUGAGGGUCGGCGGCAGGCUGCAGUUCCAGGGCGGCCAGCUCGGCGCGGCCGAGUCCAAAGAGGCCAUUCUCUCGGGCCUCGUCGCCACGGACGGCGGGUUCGAGAAGCAGGAGGAGGAGGAAGUCGUCAUCCCCCUGCGGUUCGGCAAGAAAAAGACGCCGGCGCCACUGCCAAAGUUUGACUUUGGCAAGCUGGACGACGACGACGACGACUUGAUUGACGAGGAUGACUUGCUGGACGACGAAGAUCUCAAGAGACGACCUCAAGCGCCGACCGAGUGCCAGCCCCAGAAGCGCCGCCGUCCGUGCAAGGACUGCACUUGCGGUCUGGCCGCCAAGUUCGAAGCCGAAGAGAAGGAGCGACGAUCGCAGGCCAACGCCGGCCUUGAGGCUAUCAAGCUUGACACAAACGACCUGAACGAGUUGGACUUUACGGUCAAGGGCAAGACGGGCUCGUGCAAUAACUGCUCACUGGGGGAUGCGUUCAGAUGCUCCACGUGCCCGUUCAUCGGGCUGCCGGCGUUUAAGCCAGGUGAGGAGGUGCGCAUCCUGAACGAGGUGCAAUUGUAA